AUAUCUCCUCCAAAAAAGAGUAUAGACUGCAAAAUCAGUUGCCGUCUAAACCAUGAUCACUCAAAACCUCAUCUUCCUCACUACUUCAUCUCUCUUCAUUCUCUCACUACUCCAUAAUUUGUUUCAAACCGGUGAAGCAAACUGCACCCCAUCUGCCUGCGGCAUUAUUCGCCACAUCAGCUCCCCUUUCCGCCUCAAGGGCGAUCCAAAGAAGUGCGGUGAUGGCAGAUUUGAGUUAGCCUGCGAAAACAAUGUGACCUCCAUCUCUCUCAACUCUCACAAAUACUAUGUCAAAGCCAUCAACUACGACAACUCCACCAUCAGGCUGGCCGAUGCUUCCAUAAACAAUGACGACCUCUGCUCUUUUCCCACCCUUUCUAUAGAUGCUUACAAUUUUACCUACGAAAAUCCUCAUCGUAUUCCUAAUUACGAAAUUCCGAGUUAUUCUAGUUAUCCAUAUGAUGAUAAACCCUUGCCUAUUAAUUUUAUAAGCUGCCCAAAUCCCUUGACCAAUUCUUCCCUUUUUACUGAUAUCACUACUCAUUGUGCCUCUAACUCAUCCAAUCCCAGAUAUGCUUAUAUCAAGGUCGGCCACAUGAAAUUCUCAAAGUUACCACAUUUGUGCGAAUUAGAAGUGAUAGUGAUGACAUCGUGGCAUUUUAAGGAUUUGAACAACAUUUCGCUUUCAGAAAUCCACCAUUCUCUCUUGUAUGGAUUUGAACUCAUCUGUGGCUCGUAUGCAACAUAUAUGUCGGUUAUAGGCUUCUUCUUUGAUUUUCUCUUAAUUCUUGCUGUCAUUGUAGGUCUGUUAUGUGCAGUGGCAAGCCCUCCUGUAUUCGCCAUCUUUGGAUUCGCGGCUCUAACACUACUCAGUAUACUCAUAUUUAGAAUUAUCGGUGUAUUCAGCAUAAUAUUUCCCAGUUUCAUCAUCUUGGCGCCAAGGCUUAUUAUGUUUCCAUUGGUGUUGUGGCUUUUGAUCAAGAAAUUUCGGAGAAGGCAUUUGUCUAUAUAUAACAGAAUAGAAAGCUUCUUACGAAGUGACAACAAGCUCUUACCAAUUAGAUAUUCAUAUUCUGACAUUAGGAAAAUGACCAGAGGUUUUCACGAUAAACUUGGUGAUGGUGGCUAUGGUUCUGUUUACAAAGGAAAGCUCCGAAGCGGCCAUGACGUAGCAGUCAAAUUGCUCGGCAAAUCCGGAGGAAAUGGGCAAGACUUUAUGAAUGAAAUUGCUACUAUUGGAAGGAUACAUCAUGUGAAUGUGGUGAACCUUGUUGGAUAUUGUGCACAUGGUUCCAAGCGUGCCCUUGUCUAUGAUUUCAUGCCCAACGGUUCCCUUGAAAAGUACAUCUUCAAUCGAGAUAAAAUAACUUCCUUAAAUUGGGAUAGGAAGUUUGAGAUUGCAGUUGGAGUUGCUCGCGGGAUUGAGUACUUGCAUCGAGGGUGUGAUGUUCAGAUCCUCCAUUUCGACAUCAAGCCUCAUAAUAUACUUCUUGAUGAUAGCUUCAUUCCAAAAAUAUCUGAUUUUGGACUAGCGAAAUUUUGCUCUAUAGAUAAGAAGGCAGUGACCAUGACAGCUGCAAGAGGAACCAUUGGCUAUGUUGCUCCUGAACUCAUCAGUAGAAGUAUCGGUGCAGUCUCUUACAAGGCUGAUGUAUAUAGUUUCGGGAUGCUGCUUAUGGAAAUGGCGGGAUUAAACAGAGACUUGAGCGGUAACAAUGGUGGUUCCAGUCAGCAUUUUCCAUACUGGAUCUAUGACAGCUUUGAGCAGGGUAAGAAUAUUGAAAUCGUGAAAUUAACAGAUGAAAACGAUGAUAAUGAUGUUACGAGAAAACUUGUUCGGAAGAUGGCAAUAGUUGCAUUAUGGUGCAUACAGAUGAGUCCAAACGAUCGUCCAUCAAUGAAUAAAGUGCUGGAAAUGUUGGAAGCUGAUGUUGAACGUCUACACAUUCCUGUCCAUCCGUCACAAUCUACCUAUGUUGCAGUGAAUGUGGAUCAAACCGAAAUUACAUCUUCGACUGAUUCUGUAUCAUUGCAACAUCAUGAUUAUGCUUCGACCAGUGUUGAGAUUGCUCAAGAGUUGCAGAGUUUGCCAUAGUGGAAAAUGGCAUUAUUGAUAUUGUUGUGUGUUUCCUUUGACAAUAUGCACUAAUUUUCGCAGUUUAAGAAGUUUUCCCCUGUUAUGAUGUUGAUUUAGGACUUACGGUGUUUAUAAGUUUUAGUAUUGUUGGUGUUGUGGGGAAAUAUAAUAAUAACGCAACUCAUAUAAGUUAUAUCAA